AUGGCAGACAAAGUCUUGGAACAACUUCGGAUUGAACUGAUUGAUGGUUUGUCUGAGUCCAUCAUCAAAAGUUUGCUGGAUGAUCUUCAGGACAGCAAGGUGCGGCAAGGGGAGAUUGAAGGAAUAGUGCAGAAGAUGAAAACACCAAGCGAUCAAGCUCGUGAUCUGAUUGAUGGUGUGAAAAAAAAGGGGGAAGCAAGUGAACUUCUGUUCACAUCCUUGAAGAACAGAGACAGCUUCCUUUACGAGAACUUAAAGAUAGACAGCCUUUUAGCAAUUGCCAAAACAGGAGCAACCUGCAAGUCCUGCAUCAGCGCCACACAGUACAACAGAUAUUUUUUCCCCCUAGACAAACAAAACAACUUGAAUGAGGGUUACAAAAAGGACAAUAAUCCACGUGGACUGUGUGCAAUUAGGAACCCCAAAAGGAAACGUGACAGAUCCCAAAACGAUGUUGACAAACAAAACAACUUGAAUGAGGUGUACAAAAUGGACAGUAAUCCACGUGGACUGUGUGUAAUUAUUAAUAAUGAGAACUUCAGAAACCCCAAAAGGAAACGUAACGGAUCCCAAAACGAUGUUGAUUCUCUGAAGGCCUUAUUUAAAUUUUUGGGCUUUCUGGUUGAAGUAGAGAUAGACAAGACUGCAAAUGAAAUAAAAGCGCUUAUGACCCAAUACAGUCAGGAUGAUCGUCACGGAGACUGCUUUGUCUGUUGCGUCAUGAGUCAUGGAAAUGAGACUGGUGUCGAGGGAUGUGAUGGGCAAAUAUGUCACCUGAAUGACAUCACCUCCCCAUUUGAUGGAGUCAACUGUCCCUCUCUUGUUGGCAAACCUAAAGUGUUCUUUAUCCAGGCAUGCAGAGGACGCGAGAUGCAGAGUAAAGUAGUGGUUACAGAUAGUACUGAUCCCAUCCAGACGUCUGACAGUGUAUCAUACAGCAUUCCCAAAGAUUCAGAUUUUCUGAUUGCUUUGUCCACUGUGGAGGGAUAUUUUUCAAUCCGUAAUCCAUUCAGUGGAUCAUGGUUUAUACAGUCCCUUUGUAAACAUUUGAAAGAAGGAAGUGAACAAGAUCAGGACAUCUUGAGGAUCCUCACUAAAGUCAAUAAUGAUGUAAGCUGUCGUGAGGCCAUUGUAUUAAUUAACCAAAAAGAAGUAGAUGGAAAGAUGACCCCUCAGCCCCAAUUCACCCUGAGAAAGAUUCUCUUUUUUAAAGCUCCGAAGGAUCAGGCUGCUGCUUCUAAAAAGAAGAAAACAGCUAAGCAGCCUCAUCGUUCACAUAAAAGAAGAGUAAAUCAAUGACAUGGACAAACAAAGUCUAGUAUUCAUCUCUGUUUUCCCAUAUUCGUUAUAUUGGAUUUUAGGAAUAUGUAUAUCACAUGUAACCAUGUAAACAGAAAGAUAUAUGAAUAAUAUAACCAAAUUGUUUGUUUGUUUGUAAAAUCAUGGUUUUAGGGGAUCACAAAUUUGUAAAGAAAUUGGUCUGUAUUCUCAAUUUUCUUUAAUUUCUUUAUUAAAUAACAUCAAAUUCUCUUA